GCUGCUAAGUUGGCUAUCACAGUGCACUCCUUGGAGUCCCAAUGGGGGACUCUGGAUCAAGACGAUCUACCCUGGUCUCCCGGUUGCCAAUAUUCAGAAAAAGUAUUAACAGAAGACAUGAAUCUCUUCCUUCUUCACCCUCCUCCAGUAAUACAGUUGGUGUGCACAGUUCCUCUCCUUCCAGCACUAAUUCAAGCUCAGGCAGCACAGGUAAACGCAGGAGUAUAUUUCGUACUCCUUCCAUUAGCUUCCACCAUAAGAAGGGGAGUGAACCUAAACCAGAACCUACCAACCAGAAUCUAAGUAUUUCAAAUGGUGCUCACCCUGGUCAUGGCAGUGUGCAAAAACUGAGUUUGGAAGAACAUAUUAAAACCAGGGGGAAACAUUCUGUUGCUUUUAGUGGUUCACGAAAUAAGAAGAUAACAAGAUCUUUGACAGAGGACUUUGAAAAGGAGCACUCGACCAAUAAGAAUGUUUUUAUAAAUUGCCUAAGUUCUGGAAAAAGUGAGGGGGAUGAUUCUGGAUUCACAGAAGAACCAACUCGCCGUUCUGUUAAGCAAUCAACAAAGAAGCUGCUUACAAAAUCCUUUUCCUCUCACCAUAAAUUUUCUAAGCCAGUUCCACAAAGUCAGUCCAUUUCAUUGGUCCAACAAUCUGGAUUCUCAUUGGAAAUUACACACUAUCAAGAGAGAGAACCUGUAUUAGUAAGAGCUUCUCCAUCUUGUUCUGUAGAUGUAACAGAAAGGCCAGGAAGCUCUUUACAAUCCCCGCUGCUCUCUGCGGAUCUUACAACAGUUCAGACACCUUCAGAGUUCUUAGCAUUGACUGAGGAUUCUAUGUCUGAAGCAGAUGUGUUUCCUAAAAGUGGAAGCAUGGCAUCCCACUGUGGCAACUUUGGUCACAAUGAUUCUACCUCUCAGUUCUCUUCUAAUACUGCUGCUGUUACAAAGACAACAGACCUUUUAGCAACUGUUCCCUGUGCAAUUAUGUCUUCUGGGAAAUACAGGUUAGAAAGUCGAUAUAGCAUUGAAUCUAAUUCCUUACCAGAAACUUCUGCUGCUAAUCAAAAGGAGGUGUUUAUGCAAAUCACGGAAUUACCUUUGAUGAAUGGAAAAGACUCAGAGACUCACCUGUCAGCAGAUAGGCAAAAAGAAGAACAUAUGGUAUUACAAAAUGGUGAGAAAAUGCUGGCAACAAGCUCGCCAAGGAAGCUUGGGUUUUAUGAACAAAAUAAAGUAAUAGCUGAACGCGUUAAAGGAAUUCAUCCUAUUUCAGAUUCAAGGAUAAUACCCUCUUCUGGUGAUCGCCAUAUUCUUAACAAAACAUAUGGAUAUGACACAAAUCCUGCCAAAGUUCUUGCCAGUAGCCUCAGUCCAAAUCGUGAAGGAAGAUUUAUAGAGAGACGGCUGCGAUCCUCAUCAGAAGGAACUGCAGGGAGUAGCAGACUGAUUUUAAAGCCCAAAGAUGGAAAUGCAGAUGAAAUUACUAGUUUAAGAAAGCAAAGAGCAGGUUCAUCAUCUUCAAAAAUGAACAGCAUGGAUGUUUUGAAUAACUUAGGAUCUUGUGAACUUGAUGAAGAUGAUCUAAUGCUUGAUCUAGAAUUUUUAGAGGAAAAAAAUCGUCAUCCUUCUGUUUGCCGGGAGGACUCAUACCAUUCUGUAGUCUCAUGUGCUGCUGUGGUGCUCACUCCCAUGGAACCAACAAUAGAAAUGAAGAAAAGAGAGGAACUAAAAUUUCCUGAGUCUUCAAAACAGAAUCUUUCCCUGAAAUUGACUAAAGACAUUGAUCAGGAAACCAGAUGUUCCCGUAUCAGUAGAAUGCCCAGCAGUCCCUCUACAGAUUGGCCCUUACCAGGUGUGGAAGAAAAUGGAGGUAUCGAUUCUCUGCCAUUCAGACUGAUGUUACAGGAUUGCACAGCCGUCAAGGCAUUAUUAUUAAAGAUGAAAAGAGUUCUUCAAGAGAGUGCAGAUCUGAGCCCUGCCAGCAGCAACACUUCCCUUCCUGUCAGCCCUCUGACUGAAGAGCCAUUGCCUUUCAAGGAUAUAAUGAAAGAUGAAUGCUCAGUGCUGAAGCUGCAGCUGAAAGAGAGGGAUGAACUCAUCUCCCAGCUUCAGGAAGAGCUGGAAAAAGUUCAGCAUUUGCAGAAGGCUUUUGCUUCAAGAGUAGAUAAAUCUACCCAGACUGAACUUCUAGGCUAUGAUGGUUUGAACCUGAAAAGACUGGAGGCUGUGCAAACAGGGCGAGAGGCUACAUAUCGAAAUCGAAUUGUGAGCCAAAGUCUCAGCACAAGGGACAGAAAAGCAAUGCAUACUCCCACCGAGGACCACUUUAGACACUCAACCUCUGACCAGACAAGCCCCUACAAAAACAAGACCUGUCAACUAUCAAGUCUAUGUUUAAGUAACAUUUUGAAGGACAAGGAACUAGUGGAAGCUAUUAAACACUCAAGAGGAACCUUUGAAACCCUAACUUCAGAGGUCACCCAAAACUUACGGACAACUGUGGCACAGAAUUCUCUGAAGCCAGCAGCUAAGACAGAAGGGCUUUCUACACUCUCAGAGAAACCAAAGGACCAAGCUGCAGUGACCCGACAGCAUACAACCUUCACUGGCAGGUUUGGGCAACCCCCAAGAGGGCCAAUCUCUUUACACAUGUAUAGCAGAAAGAAUGUUUUCCUUCAUCACAAUUUACAUACUACUGAGCUGCAGAUUCUAGGCCAGCAGGAUGGUUGAUUAAAUUAUCCUAUGGCUAUCUCUAGGCAGAAAAAAGAUGGUCAGUGCUUCUCUCACGUAGCUCAUUCCAACUGUACAUCUACUUCUUAAUCAUCUUUUAGUUAUAAACAAAAACUUGCACACUACUUUUUAUGAUAAA